AUGGUGGUGCAGACAGGGUACAAUGGAUUAAAUGUGUUUGAUGUAAUGCCCUCAAGGAUACAUCACUUGCAGGAUGUAAUUCAGUGGAAAAGACACAUCAACCAUAUGGAACUGGGGAAUGAGACACGAAUAUCAGAAUUUCUUCUUCUGGGACUUUCAGAGGAACCCGGACUGCAACCCAUUCUCUUUGGGCUGUUCCUGUCUAUGUACCUGGUCACAGUGCUUGGGAACCUGCUCAUCAUCCUGGUCAUCAUCUCAGACUCCCAACUCCACACGCCCAUGUAUUUCUUCCUCUCCAAUCUUUCCUUUCUGGACAUCUGUGUGCCCUCCACCACUGUCCUAAAGAUGCUAGUGAAUAUACAGACGCAGAGCAAAGUCAUAACAUAUGAAGGCUGCAUCACCCAGGUAUACUUUUAUUUACUCUUUGGAAUUUUGGACACCUUACUCCUGACCGUGAUGGCCUAUGACCGGUUUGUGGCCAUCUGUUACCCCCUCCAAUACACAGUCAUCAUGAAUGUCCGCCUCUGUGGACUCCUGGUUCUUGUGUCCUGGAUCAUGAGUGCCCUGAACUCCUUGUUCCAUAGUUUAAUGGUUGUGCAGCUGUCCUUCUGUACAGACUUGGAAAUUCCCCACUUCUUCUGUGAACUUAAUCAG